GCGCCGCUGCUGCCGCCGUUGACCCCCACAGAGCUUAGCUGCGGAGGAUGGCGGCGGCUGCGGUGACCCCGGCGGCGGCGGGCAUAGCAGCGGUAGUGGUGGAGCCGAGCGGCCGCGCGGCGGGAGCCAGCACCGUCCCGAGCAGCUCAUGGUGGCGCCCCAGACCGGCGAGCAGCGGCCGCACCGGGGCCGCCAGCUGAGCCGGAUCCCGGCGGGCGGCUCUCCCUACUUGACACCGACCACCGAGCGACCCGUUUCUCUUCCCUGGCGUGCCCUCUCCCCCUUCCUCGGCACGACACGCGCCUCGGAUCGCUCCCGUCGGGACAGGACUCCUUCCGCCCCAGGGUGCCUCGGGGAAGGCGGCGGUAAAGGGCACCGGGCAGCGCCAGUCGGCGGCGGGACCAUGGGCGCGAAGCAGAGCAGCCCCACCGCCGCCAAUGGCCGCACCCGGGCUUACUCGGGCGGGGAUUUACCUUCUUCCAGCAGCAGCAGCAGCGGCGGCGCUAACGGGACCGGCGGGCGCUCGGCAGGCGCUGGCGGGCGGUACGCGCACCUGGCGGCGGCGGCGCCUCAUGCCGCUCCCGGCGGUGCGGCGGCAGCAGGAGGAACAGCGGCGGCGGGGGGUGCCGCGGGGUCGGCACCCCGGAGCAGGUCCUUAGGAGGGGCCACCGCCUCCGGGGCCCGAGCCGCGCAGUCCGCCUUCAACAUCCCCCAUAGCAGCGGGCCCUACGGCUCGCAGGACUCGGUCAACAGCACUCCGGAGGAGGGCGGCCGGGAGCGGCCCGCGGGAGGCGGCAGCGGCGGCGGCAGCUCCUCCGGCGGGCCCCGGCUAGUGAUCGGCUCGCUGCCUGCUCACCUCUCGCCGCACCUGUUCGGAGGUUUCAAGUGCCCUGUAUGUUCAAAAUUUGUUUCUUCUGAUGAAAUGGAUUUACAUCUUGUGAUGUGUUUGACAAAACCAAGGAUAACCUACAAUGAGGAUGUGCUGAGUAAAGAUGCUGGGGAGUGUGCAAUAUGCCUGGAAGAGCUGCAGCAGGGAGAUACUAUAGCACGGCUGCCUUGCCUCUGCAUAUAUCAUAAAGGCUGCAUAGAUGAAUGGUUUGAAGUAAAUAGAUCUUGCCCUGAGCAUCCAUCAGAUUAAGACAAGAUUCAUGGUUUUAGCUGCUUCCACUGAUCAGAAAAGAUGGGAGAUGUGAGGUUCCCUUGCUGAACACAGCGUGCCUGGCUUGAGACUUACAGCUCUUUGUGGCUGGGAAAGGCCAAGAUGGACACUGACACGGGAAAAGCAUUGCAGACACAUCCGGUUACUUGCCAGUAGUGCUCAGUAUACCAAACACUCAUGCAAAGGACACACAGGGAUUUUGAAAAUGCUGCACAUUCUAUAACAAUCCACUCCCCACAGACGUUACUGACACUAUUUUGUAUUGAAGGCCAAAGUUCCUAAUUUCAGCCUAACUUCUGGCUCUGUGAAGAAGCAAGUUAUUGGACAUGUUUCCUACUGCCUCAAGUGGAAGUGGAGAUGUUCGAUACAGGCUUUCUGAGACCCUUGCACAGGAGGAUGGCCCUGGUUUUGAGUGGGAACGUUUUCACCUUCUUGUUGGCUGAAGAAGAGUAAAUGGCAAACUAAAUAUAAUCUAACAGCGUGACCUUGAUUUACUGAAUUCACACCCUGUUUUAUGUUCUACACCUUUUUCAAGAACAGAAAAAAUAAACUUCUCUGCAUAGGAAUAGUAUAUUUCAAAAUUUUGUAACUAAACCUUUGUCACAAUGCAGUCCAAAGAGUAAAACCAAGACAGGUAACUAACUUAUAUUGAUUGAGCUAUAGGGAUUGUUGAAAUCUGCACAUUGUAUUGCUGUUUAAGUAACUAAAACUUCUCUUUUACUGCUUGUGAGUAAAAACAACAACAACAACAACAACAAAAUGCAGCAAAGCAAAAUCCUACAGCUAUGCAACUUUUUUUUAAAUAGGAAAAAAAAAAGAAUUACCAAUUUUAUGUGCUGCCAGUUAAGGUAAUUUGUUUAACGGGUAUUUUUUUAAAAAUGUUUCAGGUAAUUAUUUUAUUGUACUAUUCUCAUCUCCAGGCUGCCUCCUGAGGUGUUAAUGAAUAACUGCAAAUGUGGGCACAGCAAGAGGUUUUUGUAGGCAUGGGUGAGAUAACAUCGAGGUGGGAUUUGUGUUUAAUUUUUGAAACAUGCAAGUUUUUGUUUCGUUGUUUGAAUGUUAUUUUUGAUGGCAGGAUCCAUAGUACUUUGCAUCAAAAUCCUUGGUCCCUUCAUGUGGAGACCAGCAUUUGACAGUGUGGUUUGUUGUUUGUUUUGGGUUUUUGUUUUGUUUUGGUUUUUUUAAAUGCAUCUGCAUUUGAUUAAUUUAUUAUUAUUUUACUGUACUAUAUUGGUAUAACCAGGGCUUCAUGAAACACAGGAUGUCUCUGGCAGGGUACACCAAGUAAAACUGUGGAUAAGUAUUAAGCUUAAAAGUACCACAGUUUAAAAAAAAAAAGAAGGUAGGAAAAAAAAAAGACAAAAAACUGGAACAGAUAUCAGGGCUUAGAUGCAUACAUUUUAUAUCAAGAAUUAAUUGUAAUGGUUUCUGAAUUUCACAGCACAGGGAAGAGUAUGAAUAUUUAUUAGCAACAACAUUUUUAGCGGGUUUCAACAGUUAAAAUAAGUUGCACACUUUGAGCAAUUUUCUUGUACAUACACAAUUCUGGUUUUUUUCGGUUUUUUAAAGUACUUUUUUCUGUUGCUACUGUGAUUCAUAUCAAAAAGGGCAAAGAACAGGAGCAGCUGCUGCUGUCUGGAGAAGAGUGCAGUGCAUGUCACUAAACUCUUAUCUUUCUCACAGAGCAGUUCUUGCCUGGAUAACGUUUUCUCCAGAAUGCCUUUGUUAUACUGCAAAUCUGAAGGAGUCCCAACUAGAUAAAUGCUGUAAUCUCCAGUGCAGUUUCUACGUUUUUAGCCUUGCCUCACUGGUUUCAGCUGAACCUGUAACUAUGGAGCCCUGUUGUAUUAUGUCUUUCAGUGGGAGCAGAACCAUUUUGUCAUACUUUCAAUUCUGUAGCUGCACCAAAUGUACAGUCAGUUCCCUGUACAGAUUCCUUUUUAGCUGAGAAUAUUUGUGUUGCCUUGUAUUAUCAUGGGGAGGGGAGGGAGGGGGGAAGGAAUUACAGCACCUGGAAUACUCAAGUAGUGGUGUUGCCUGCAGGCCAGCUUUUCCAAUGUUUUAAAUUCCUGAUGUCCUCUGAAAGAGUAAAGCUUUUGCAUUUGCAUUAAUUUAAUGUUGACUGCUGGCUUCAUGCCUACAGAAAGUCACCUGUAAUAAUGUAAAGGGGGUUAGGUAAGUGUUUUGGUGUCCUGUGCUCCGAGGUCAUAGGUAGUUUUGGCUUGGGGAUUAAGUAGGUAAAUAUUACAAACAUAAAUCUGUUUACAACUUAAACUCAGUUUUGGUAUUUCUGAUUUCUAGUUCAUGUACUGUUUUUUUCAAAAACCUUAAUUUUCUGUGUUCAGAUGCAAGUAGUUGGUUUAAAGACCCAGCAAGUUAUCACUGCUGUCCUACGGGUAGGACCAGUGUUUGAAAAACAUGCCCCUAGCAGUCCCCCUGAUGAGUCCUUUUGCAGGCAUCAGCAUGGUAGAGCAGCAAUACUUUGGAUUGUCUGAGGAACAGAUAUGAAGUAAGCCUUAGAUCCUAGUUAGGCAUUACAAGUAUUCAUAAACCCCUUCUGAAAGGCUAUGGGAGGUUUUCUUGUGUCAAAACUUGUAAUGUAGACCAAGCCUAGAAUGACCCUGGAAGCAGAAGUGUGAUGCUUGGGUUUGAAAACGCCUGUGGAAACUUAACUGUGUAAGCUUCCUGUCACCAGCUGUGUUGGUCAAGUUGGUGAUGACCAUGCUGUAGAUGUAGCUGUAGUCAUAGACAACACCUUCGUUUUAAAAACAUCCUCACAGUUGUCCUGAGUCAUGCUUCAGAAGUGAAAAAUGAACACCAAAAAAGUCCCGUGUCUCGAUCAAGGAAUACCACACUUGCCCACAAGAAGCAAUAAUUUAAAUUACGGUGCGAUAUGCUUCUUUGCCUGUAAAUAUCUUGAGGUUGCCAAUUCUGUGCUGUUUCAGAGUAUUUUCUGUCAUCUGGCCUAUAUCUUCCCUAAGUAUGUAAGGGUGAGAAAUAAUUCCCAUACUCAGGUCUGCCAUAAACAUGCUGCUUGUCAGAAGGGGAAGAGUAGACUCAACACUGUCUCAAAAUGUCAGAUUUUUCUGAACUUGUAACAUACCCAUGUAUCUUGAGUAGCAACUUGUGUUUUGAAGUUUGUAGUGGAGGUGGCUAUGAGUUGGACUGUAUAUAACCCUACUCCAUACAAUACCAAGGGAGCCAUGCUGAUGUCAUCACAGGGCAUCUGCUGUUCUGUCUCUGAUAAAGCAGUGUAUCUAUAAUAACACUUUGUUUCAACGUGUACAUUCUACAAUGAAUUCAGUGGGACAUACAAGCAAAAAAAAACCAAAAAAAAAAAGCACACUGCAAACUUGUAGUAUUUUACUUUUGGGAAGAAUAAAGCAUAAAACAGAUGGUCUUCUUUGUAAUUAAUUUAACUUUCAUGUUCAAGGGUAAUUGUACUACAGUACUUUGAAAUGGAAAAUGUGUAGGCAAUGUACAAAGACAUGGGUGGGUACUUGUGCCCUUUAUCUUUCUCCUGCUCCUCUUUGUGAUGUGAAAAGGAGUUUGUCUUAAUCUUAAGAUUCAUACAUUUAUUGAAUCAUUGAAUGGUUUUGGUUGGAAAGGACCUUAAAGAUCAUCCAGUUCUAACCCCCACUCUUUGGGCAAAUUUAUCCUAGUUCUUAAUGCUAGGAGCCCUGGCUUUUUAAUUAAGUCUUUGCUGAAAAGGUUGGAGAGCUGGUAAAACUGACUCCUGGAAAACUAAAAUCUCAGCAAAUGUAGCAAAAAAUAAUUUUUCUUCAGAAAUGUGGAUCUUUGGUGUUUCUGGAUGGAUAAUGUCUAAUACAUCAGAUGUGGUUAUGGGUGCUUUUAGUAUGAUGCUUUUUCCAUGUGAGGGCUUCAGAAACUUCCUCGGUUUCUUCUGUGUUCCACCAAAAGCAGGGAAUAUGGCAUUUGAAUAUUACUAUUGUCUGUAUGUAUAAGUGGCAACAAAGCAUAUGUUGGUUUUGAUGUAGGCCACAAUCUCUCUGAGUUUCUGUGAAUUCUAGCUGCUUUCCCAUGUUGAACGAGGAUAUUUGUGUGCAAAUUUGGUAUUGUUGUUUUGAAUCUAUUGAUUUUGCUGUGCAGUUGGGAGUCUCCUAACAAGAGGCUGCCAGUAUACCUGAGAAAGCAGAAGUGCUACUAUGGAUCUCCCAGCUUAUCUUUACCAGUGGAGGAUCAUCUCUUUUUGAUGAGUGCUCUAUUUUAUCUUUCACUUUCCACCCUGACAAGCUUAAAAGACAUUUUAGUGUCAGUUUUUUCCCUCUUGCUAGCUGAAGACGUGUUACAAUUUAGGCCACAUCUUCUCCGUCCUUGGACAGGCUUUCCAUUGGCAUCAGCAAAAGUCAUGUAAGAGGUUGUAGGUGGAAGAAGAGGGAUUGUUAGGGGGGUUGCUACAACACAGCCAAAGGUGUUGUUUUCCUGCAGCAGCAUCAGUCCAUACCACUUCUUGUCAUUCAAAAUACUCUGCACGAGAAAUUCACGACAGAACUGUGUCCAGUUUUUUGUUUCCUAAAUGUAAAGCUAACGCGAUGUUUCUCCAGUUAAAUGAACCUGCUUCUCAAAUCAGGUUGAAAUGUUUUAGCCUCUUGGAUGCUUAUUUUACGAGCGCUGUAUUACACAAUCCGGCUGGGUUCCCAGCCCACUGCAUUGUGUUCUGUGAAGUAAUUUCUCAAUUAAGUACGUCAGAGCUGAUGAUGGGAUAAACUGUAAAGUGACCUCAGUGUGGGGCAUUACUUGUUGCUGAGGACUUGCUCAGGUAAACCAUCCUAGGAAUAUCUUGCACCUGAAAAAGGCUGGACUUGGUUCUAAUAAGUUGCCAGUUCACAAGUAGAAGGUGGCAAGCCCACCAGCUGAUCUUUCUGGCAGCUUUUAAUCUAUGUAUGUUCGUUUGAGAGACUUUUGCCCUUGGGUGUGCUUUGGCAAAGAUUUUGCAAUGAUAAGUAGGAUUUGCUGGAUUCUGGCAGAGUUUCAAAUGUAAGUUACCCGACAUUGCAAGAACAUAAUCUGUUGCUGAAUCCUGUUCUCUUGUUUUCUCUCAAAUCUGUCCCUUUUUGUUGCUAGUUUGUUAUAUUUAAUAGUAAACACUUCUCAACGUGACCGGUCACAAGCUCUCAAGGUGUGAAAUGCUAGCAGGAAGAGACAUUCAAGUGUGAUUCUAUGCUCUUCCCUUACAUAUUAAGAUGAAGCUGAAGUAUUUCUUAUUGUACAGUCAAGAUUGUUCUCCUAGCUGAUAUUGCCAAAGUACCAUAACUUUCAAGGAAGAAGGGAGGUCGCUUAGCUGUAGAGGGGGUGUUUUAAUGAACUACUUCAUUUUAAAGGCUGCAGCAUCACACUGAGUGAGUGGUUAUCCACUAUUAACCCUAUCACUUGAUUGCAAAUCUCAUUCUGGCUCUCCCUACACUUUUGAAGGCGUGUGCUGGUUGGGAGCAGGGUGUAUAUUCCACUUUUUUCUUUUUUUAAUAUGCCUCUUCCUACAGAGCUAACCCUGCCCACAGCGAGUUAGAGGGAACUCUGUGCUAGCUUCUGAAAUGCCACCCGUAUGUGCAGUGGUAAUGGACAAGAUGUCUUCCUUCAUUACCCAGGGCAGAAAUUGGAAUGUAAUUUGCAAAGUCUAAUGUAAAACAUGUUGUACUUUUUUUUUUUAAUUGAGCAGUAUGAUUGCAAGUUGACUUUAAGUUGUUCUGAGGUACUCUUUUAGUGGUCUGCCCAAACAUAAUCAUGAAUGAAAAUAUUUUUUUAUUGAUUUUUAGGUUGUAUGUUUAACAUUCCAUUCAUGUAAAAUAUGUACAAAUAUAUGUAAUAAAUCUUUUGAAGCACAA